CAUCGCCUAAGGUUGGACGAGAGAGUCCGUCUGACAGAUGAUAGAGGCUGACGGGAGUCGGGUAUACAUGAGGUGAAGCUGGUUACUUUCGGGCGUAGUUUUACUUAUUGAAGGGAAAGUGAAGUCAUUUGGCCUAGCAGUUGUCUCUGAGAUGGAGCAAUGAAGAGAAAACCAUGAUGCUGCGGCAGGUCAUGGCCAAACCCCGGAGACAAGCUUUACGGGGAGCUGGAUACCUGCUUCAUGCCCAAUCCUCCUCCUGUCUUUCUAUGACAGAGGAGCUUUUCUUAGAUGCUGCAGAAUAUGGUAACAUUCCUGAAGUGAGGCGGAUGCUAGAGGAGCUGCCAGACCUCAAUGUCAACUGUGUAAAUUACAUGGGCCAAAGUGCACUGCAGCUGGCAGUUGCCAAUGAGCAUUUAGAGGUGACUAAACUCCUACUUAGGAAGAAAGACCUUGCUAGAAUAGGAGAUGCUUUGCUGUUAGCCAUCAGUAAAGGCUACAUCCGUAUAGUGGAGGCCAUACUGAGCCAUCAGGCCUUUGUGGACAGUCAGAGGCUCACUAACAGUCCAAGCCAGGCAGACACACAAGAUGACUUCUUUGCCUACGAUGAGGAUGGCACACGUUUCUCUCACGACAUCACUCCCAUCAUCCUGGCUUCCCAGUGCCACGAGUAUGAAAUCGUGCAUAUUCUUCUCAUGAAGGGGGCCUGUAUAGAGAGGCCCCAUAACUACUUCUGUCAGUGCAGGACCUGCAGCGAGGAGCAGAGGCAUGACGCUUUCAGCCAUUCACAAUCCCGCAUCAAUGCAUAUAAAGGUCUGGCUAGUCCAGCAUAUCUGUCCCUCUCCAAUGAAGACCCUGUGAUGGCAGCUCUGGAGCUGAGCAAUGAGCUUGCAGUUCUAGCCAACAUUGAGAAGGAGUUCAAGAAUGAUUACAAGAAACUGUCCAUGCAGUGUAAAGAUUUCGUGGUGGGACUCCUGGAUUUGUGUCGAAACACAGAGGAAGUUGAAGCCAUCUUAAAUGGGGACAUUGAAUCAUGUCAAAACACAGAGAUCUUUGGCAGACAAAACCUUAUCAGGUUAAAACUUGCAAUAAAGUAUGAAGUUAAAAAGUUUGUAGCACAUCCCAACUGCCAGCAGCAACUCCUCUCCAUCUGGUACGAGAACUUUUCUGGACUACGUCAGCAAACCACAGCAGUUAAAAUCUUACUUGUCCUUGGUGUAGCCAUUGGGUUGCCUGUCCUGGCCUUUAUGUACUGGAUAGCACCGUCAAGUAAGUUAGGGAAACUCAUGUCUGGACCUUUCCUGAAGUUUGUGGCCCACGCAGCUUCCUUUAUGAUAUUCCUUUGCCUGCUGGUCAUGAACGCAGCAGACCGCUUUGAAGGAACAUCGCUGCUACCUAACAUGACCAUCCACGACUACCCAUCACAGCUGUUUCGUAUGAAGACCACCCCCUUCACCUGGAUGGAGAUUCUCAUCAUGUCCUGGGUCAUAGGAAAGAUCUGGGAAGAAUGUAAAGAUCUUUGGUCGCAGGACAUCCGGGAAUACAUCUCUGAACCUUGGAACCUUCUUGACUUUAGUAUUUUGGCCAUAUUUAUGACCUCUUUCAUUGCCAGAUUAAUGGCUUUCUGGCAUGCAUAUUGUGCCCAGUGUUAUGUUGAUGAGAACUAUACUGACCUGUCCAAUAUGACCUUGCCCUUUGAGAUACAGUAUUUCCAGCUUGCUCGAAUCCACUGGGUGCCCUCUGACCCGCAACUCAUUUCUGAAGGACUCUAUGCAAUCGCAGUUGUGCUGAGUUUCUCUCGCAUUGCAUACAUCCUGCCUGCCAAUGAGAGCUUUGGGCCUUUGCAAAUCUCUCUAGGAAGAACUGUAAAAGACAUCUUUAAGUUUAUGGUGAUUUUCAUAACAGUUUUUGUGGCUUUCAUGGUGGGAAUGUUCAAUCUGUACUCGUACUACCUCGGAGCCAAGCACAACGAUGCAUUUACAACGCUUGAAGAGAGCUUUAAAACAUUAUUCUGGGCCAUCUUUGGCUUGUCAGAAGUGAAAUCAGUGGUCAUCAAUAUUGACCAUAAGUUCAUUGAGAAUAUUGGCUAUAUUCUGUACGGAGUGUACAACAUCAUCAUGGUGAUUGUCUUGCUGAAUAUGCUCAUUGCCAUGUUCAACAGCUCCUUCCAAGAAAUUGAGGAUGAUGCUGAUGUUGAGUGGAAGUUUGCCAGAGCUAAGCUCUGGUUCUCGUACUUUGAGUAUGGCGGCACGCUGCCUGUGCCCUUCAACCUUGUACCGAGCCCUAAGUCUGUUGUUUCCCUCCUGCUGGGGAUAAGGAAGUUUCUCUGGGCUGCACCUCAAGACAAAAGCAAAGAAAAUUCAAAUGAUGAGAUGGAGCUUAACAAGUUGAGGCAACCGGAAGAUCUGAGUAUGGAAGCAUCACUUGGUCCAACCCACCACCAGAAGAUUAUGAAUCGCCUCAUCAAAAGAUACAUCGUAAAAGCACAAAGAGACAAAGAUAACGAUGAAGUGAAUGAAGGUGAACUGAAAGAGAUCAAACAAGACAUCUCCAGUCUCCGCUAUGAGCUGCUGGAGAGGGAGAACCGCGACAUGGAGACACUGACAGAGCUCAUCAGGCAACUGGGAGAAGUCUUGCAUGUUCGGCAGAAAGAAGAGCAGAGGCACAAGCUGUCAAUGCAUUCCUAAAU